AUGACUUCCACCUUUCUCCUCUUCGGUGGCUCAGGCAAGGUAGCUCGCCACAUCACCAAGAUCCUAGCCUCAGAAGGCCACACAGUGCACAGCAUCAUUCGGAGCCCAGAUCAGAAGCCCGAGAUCGAAGCCCUUGGAGGCAAACCCAUCGUUCAGUCGAUCGAAGAAUCUACAGUCCAGGACUUUACGAAAACGAUCAAGGACACUAAAGCCUCCAUAAUCAUCUGGUCCGCGGGAGCAGGUGGCAAAGGUGGACCCGCUCGCAUUCAAGCCGUCGACUGCGACGGUGCGAUCAAAUCCAUGGACGCGGCCACUCAAGCAGGCGUGAAGAGAUAUAUCAUGGUCUCCGCGUUCGAUGUCCGAGAUCGCGAAGGCAAGCCCGAGCCAGAAUGGUACAACGACGCUGACCGUGCCCGCUCGGACAAAUCGUGGGGAGCGAUAGGAGCUUACUACAAAGCCAAGUUCGCCGCAGACCGCAACCUCGUGACUGAGAACGGGAAGCGAGGACUGCAAUACACUAUUGUGCGACCCGGCGGGCUGAGCGAAGAAGCGGCGACGGGGAAGAUAAGUGCGGGUAAGAUUCAUAUCUCGCCCACGAUUCCGAGAGAGGAUGUUGCGAGGGCUGUUGUCGAGGUCUGGAAGAAUGAUGCCACUAUCGGCCUCGCUAUCGAUAUGGUAGGCGGCGGGACACCGAUCAAGGACGCUAUCGCUGAGGUGGCGAAGGGAAAGGUCGACACGUUUGAGGGCAGAUAUUAG